CAUUUUUCAACUCCAUGCAAGACGAUGUCACCCAUCCAAUCAGAUACUACGCCUACGGCCUCCUGUCCAUGAACUACGAUGUGACAACCAUCCUUGUACAGACAGACAAAGCUAUUUACAAGCCCGGGCAACUCGUUCACUACAGGGUCUUUGCAGUGUACCCCGACCUCAAAAAUGUAUACGGGAAACUUCGAUAUAGAGAUUACGGAUCCCAACAAAAACAAGAUCCAGCGACUGGCCGACGUUUCUGGGACACAAGGAGUGGUGGAGGGAAGUCUGGGCUUGGCUGAUAAGCCACUCUUCGGUGACUGGACGAUUGUUGUGAAACUGCAGACAAGCGCACGUUCGGACAUUUUUACGAAAACGUUUACAGUCGAGGAGUACAACUUGCCAAGAUUUGAAGUCACAGUGGACGUACCGUCCUACGUGCUGGUCUCAGAUGAAUAUCUUAAGGGGUCGGUCAAGGCCGUCUACACCUUUGGCCAGCCUGUGAAAGGCAUGGUGGAGCUGCAUGUGUCGUCAACAGCAGGACCAGACUACUGCGGCAAGGACCCUCCCUUCAUGCAGAUUGCCUUCGAGAUUGACGGCGAGGCCAAGUUCUCUGUCCCCAGGAGUGACAUCAGCAGGGUCACAUCGACGUAUGACGGCUCUACGGUCAAGGUGACAGCCAUUGUCAAGGAGACGUUGACAGACAUAAAGCUGCAGGGGUCGGCGGUGGUGACCUACAGGAGCACGCCGUACAAAGUGACCAUACUGGACAACACGCCUGGUGUCUUCAAGCCUGGACUUCCAUUCAGUGUCUUCGCCAAGGCCGCCAUGCAGGAUGACAGUCCUCUUGCCGGCAGUUACUUCAUGACUUUCAUCCCAACGGCUCGCUACACCCUCCCGUCCGACAACAGCUACCUGUACGGUGUCUCCCAGUUCACGGGUACCUACCCGUUGCCAAUCAAAGUUAUCCAGGUUCCACCGACGGGUGUGGUCAAGAUUGACGUGGACAUUCCGGCCAACGCCACGUCGCUUGACGUCAGCGUGGAAUUCCAAAACCUUCGAGCCUACAAGAGCAUCCAAAAGAUGUUUUCCAUGAGCAACAAUUACCUGCAGCUCUCGCUUCUCAAUCAGAACCUUAAGAGCAGACAGACAGCACGGAUACAGGCAAAGGCCACGGAAGCCAUCGGGCGCCUGUCAUAUCAGAUUCUGUCCAGAGGGGUCGUGUACGAAGCAAAAACCGUGGAUGCCACAGGUCAGCACGUGAUCGUCAUUGACAUUCCGCUGACCCCUGACCUCGCCCCCACCGCCCACAUGAUGGCCUACUACGUGCGCCCUGACCUAGAAAUUGUAGCAGACGGCAUCGCCUUCAACGUCGAUGGAGUCUUCGAAAACGAGGUGAGUCUGGAACUCAGCACCAACAAAAGCGAGCCCCACACCGACCUGCAGGUGCACGUGACCGCCGACCCUGACUCCGUGGUCUACCUGCUGGCUGUCGACCAGAGCGUCCUGCUCAUGAAGUCCGGAAAUGACGUCACACCGAAACAGGUAGAUGAUGCGGUGACAGCUUACGAUAGAGGUUCCAGACCAACGGACUCAGCCUUCGCUCUUUCUCUCAGUCGAGCCACCAUAUCUAGCACAAUGGAGGAAAUCGGGUUAUGGUGUUCUCUGAUGCCAAUCUGCAUGCCACGUCUGCUCCUACCAACUCUCCACCUUAUGAUCCGUCUAUUUAUGGACCUACCGCACAGAUCCCACUACCGACUCCGAGGCCCUUCCAUACUCUACAAUCAAGCAGCUACUACCCCACCAUGUACAUGUCAACUGCAAUGUAUCCACCUGGAUUCACUAAUGCAAUGCCCGGAAUGGCAGACAAGAAUGAAGCUCAAAACCAACCGCUGAAAGAAGUAGAGCGGGUACGAAACCUGUUUCCAGAGACUUGGCUCUGGCUCAACCAGACCAUCGGAAGCAACGGGUCUGUGACGAUUCAGACGACAGUUCCAGACACAAUCACCUCCUGGAUCACCACAGCCUUCGCCACCAACCUGCAGUCUGGCCUGGGAAUCGUCCCCACUGCUGCCAAG